CAAGCAUUCCCUGUCUGCAUCUCCAGCUCCUACAUCGUCCUCGGCGCCGGCGCUACUCUCGCCCCCUCUCACAAGUCCGCUCAGAUCUGGAUCAAGCGGAGGAAAUGGAAUCGGAUUCUUUCCCAGGAGCUUGAGCACGGCGAGUAGCUUGACUACUCCGAUGGCGGGGUACAAGAGUGGAGUGAGCUUCGACACGAUGGGAGAGUCCACGACAGAGCUCUUCUCCUACACGCUCCAGGCAAAGUCCGAGAACUACGAACGCUCCCGGAAAACGCGUAUAUAUUUGUGUGCGGCCUCUCCUGAUGAGUCGGGACAGGAGGCACUCGACUGGUCGGUCGAGACACUUGCCCAGGAUGGGGAUGAGCUCAUCGUGCUGAGAGGUUUCGAUACCGAGGAUGCUGGGAAACAAGACCUCCUUCGCUCGCAAGCCCACCAGCUCUUGCUCGAUAUCCUAGAACGGAAUACACAGCUCUCGGACGGUACACGCUCCCUCAACGUCACAGUGGAGUUUGUCGCUGGCCGCAUAACAGACACCAUUGAGCGCCUCAUCGCACUUUACCGACCGGAUUCGCUUGUUGUGGGAACUAGGGCAAGAAAGGGCAUGAAAGCGCUCGGAGCUGCGCUGGGCGCUCCGGGGAUGGGCAGUGUGUCUCGAUGGUGUGUAUCUCAUUCCCCGGUGCCCGUAAUCGUCGUCCGCCCCGAGCGCAAAGUCAAGAAGACUUUGGACAAGCGACGAAACGAUCCUAAGCGGGCACAGGACCACUGGGAGCGGGUAUGUCGCCCAACAAGCGGCAAGUACCCAGCCGGACCACAAGCCUUGAUGCCCCUUCGGACACUAGGAAAUGGAUAUCAGAUCUUUUCCAGAUGA